GGUGUGACAUUGAAUCAACAUUGAACAACAUCUGGCCUAAAAACGAAAGUAGCCAAGACUUGAGAGGCUCUUAGUCUUUGUCACUUUAUUUUGUCAGUCGUCAGUCAGGAUAAUCUGGCUCUGCAGUUAGGAAUCAGAGUGUCUCAAGACGAUGUGCCCGAGCUUUUUUGGAUGAAAGCUGUUUAUAAAAAGACUGCUGUGUGGUGACAAUCAUCCCAUGAAACAAGAUGUCAGCUCUUUUCAUCCGUCAACAGUUACUUAUGCACAGUGUACGCAGUAACACAGUAUGUGCAAGACAUUCUGAGAUUCAGUUUUUGCCGAAGCAACUACUAUUAAGGUACCACCACAUGCUCAGCUCUUCAAGACCUGGCUCAAAUUGUCAAAAUAUGAUGACUUUUAGUUGGUGCACAAGUCUGAAAAGGAAAGGAAUAUGUUCAUCAAAACACACUUCAGCCUUUAAUGUUGGACCUCAAAUUCAGAACAAUGCCAUAUGUUUCAAAACUAUUGACAAUUCCGUACAGCCUUACAGUAUGUUAAUGAACAGUGGAAGAUGCUACCAUUCUGAUUCAAAAUUCACAAUGGCAAAUUCAGACUUUUCUUCUUAUGUUCAAAGCCUUGUAGAGGAGUUCAACAGUAUAACUUCCAGCACAAUUGCACUCGACAACAAAGCAGUUGACAAGCAAGUAUACCAUCGUCUCCAGUUUCUGGAACCAGUGGUUGCAAUUGCAGAGGUGCUGAAGGAAAAAUAUGAGGAGCUUCAAGAACUAACAAAUCUGCUUAAAGAUGAGGUUGACAAAGAGAUGAUGUCUCUUAUUGAAAAAGACAUGGACAUUCUGAGAGAGGACAUUGAGGAGACAGAAUUUAAGAUGGUGAAUGCCCUGGUUGGAGAGGAUGUAGCAGAUGACAAUGACAUCAUCUUAGAGGUCUCUCCAGGAGUUGGUGGUCAGGAAGCAAUGCUGUUUACUGCCGAGAUUUUCAACAUGUACCUUAACUAUGCAAGAUACAAGAACUGGUCUGUGGGUGUAAUCAGCAGCGAUGGAAAUGAAUUAGGUGGCUCAAGGAAAGCCUCAGUAGAAGUCGGCGGAGAGGACGUCUACAAACAUCUGAAGCACGAGGCUGGGGUACAUCGUGUGCAACGCGUGCCCAAAACUGAGAAGCAAGGACGUACGCACACCAGCACAAUCACUGUGUCAGUGCUACCCCAGCCAAAGGAGAUUGAUAUUCAAAUAGACCCCAAGGACCUCAAGGUGGAGACCAUGCGUGGCUCAGGGCCAGGGGGCCAGUCGGUGAAUACAACAGACAGUGCUGUCAGAAUCACACAUGUCCCUACAGGAACUGUUGCUGAGUGUAGACAAGAGCGAUCCCAAAUAAAGAACAAGGAACUGGCCUUGAAAAGUCUGAAAUCAAGGAUGUACCAGGAAAAACUGGAGAGAAUGGAUCAGCAGAGACGUUCAGUGAGAAAGAUGCAGAUGGGAACCAGGGGUCGCUCAGAAAAAAUCCGCACUUACAACUUCCAGCAAGAUCGCAUAUCUGAUCAUCGGAUUAAGGAGAACUUUUUCAACAUGCAAGAAUUCUUAAAUGGUGAAGAAAGUUUAGACGAUAUGAUAAGCAGCUUGGAGCUGGAAAGCAAAUAUCAGAUGCUGGAUUCUAUGCUGGAUGAGUACGAGUUGAACUUGAAGAAGUCAAAAAAAUCAUGACAAGGUGCGAGUUUUAUUUAUUCCAGUGGUUCUCAAAUUUAAAUGACAAGAAAUGUGUACCUUCGAUGGGAUUUCGCAUCUGGCAGUUGAAAUACCAUUCACUUUACACCACUUAACACAACGUGGUCUUGUAGUGAAUUUGAUAAUUUUGUGAAAGGUUCCAUUUGUACCCCUACACUCUAGGACCUUCUUCAAAAAUGUCCUUUUCCAGACUGUUGAGUCUGUGUAUAUAACCAAAAUGGUUUUUUUUCCUUGGUCAGAUUUUUAUCAAAGAGAUAGUUUUAUUUUAAUUCUAAUUCUUCCAGAAUUACAUCACCUCCUUGACUUCUUAGUGCAAGACUUGGUCAUAGGUAACUUUUUGAAAAGGCGUAUUGUGGAGUCUUGCACUAAGCAGUCGACAUACAUGCAUAAACCAUGUUGGCCAGACAUUGACUGACAGCCCAAUGGUGGCAGGUCAAGUCUCAUACUAAAACAGUUUGUAUAAAUAAACUGACUAAGCAUAUGCCUGGUCUUUGUUUAUUUCACUGAAGCCUGUCAUGCCACGUCCAGCCAGUUAAAUAACCUGAACUCAUUGAGGGGGAAGUUAUUUACAUUUUUCAAUGUUGUACUUUUUUCUACCAAAUUUUUGUUUGUGCUAUGUUGUCAUGGUAAACGAAGUAUACUGAAUAGCCUUUACUGGAAAUAAUGAAAGUUUUUCAGCCAAUGAAAGGAAUCAUCAAUUGUUGAGGGCUGUUUAAAUAAAGUUACUGUGAUCAUUUGAAAGAAAAA